GGAUACCUCGACAACUUUCAAAUUAAAGUGUGCAGGGCAAGGAAAUUCAUGUUUAAAGUGGCGUUAAUUCAUUUAUUUUGCAUCUGAUUAUUAUGCCUACAGGCCGCGCUGUACUUUUGUUGCGACGUCUUUCGACGGGUGACAGUAGAUUGAAAAAUAUAAAUAUUAAUCAAAACACGGCUAAAGAUUCUGCAUUUUCCAUCCCAGUCUGCGUACAUCGAGAUUUAGGAGGCAGUAAACGAUUUUCUUCAUAUGAUCUCAGUCCACCACCGCUUCUUACGAGAAGUUUCAGUGACAAUAUAAUAAAGAUGGCUACAGGCAACACGGAAACAAAUCAAGUAGUUAAACCCAAACACACUAAUAGAUUGGCAAAAGAAAAGUCACCUUAUUUACUACAACAUGCCCAUAAUCCUGUAGACUGGUAUCCAUGGUGCCAAGAAGCAAUUGACAAGGCUAAAAAAGAAAAUAAGUUAAUAUUUUUAUCAGUUGGAUAUUCAACAUGCCAUUGGUGCCACGUCAUGGAAAAAGAGUCUUUUGAGAAUGAAGAUGUGGCUAAAAUCAUGAAUGAACACUAUGUUAACAUAAAACUUGACAGAGAAGAGCGUCCUGACCUAGACCGAGUUUAUAUGCUUUUCGUCAUGGCAACCACAGGCGGAGGCGGCUGGCCAAUGUCUGUCUUCCUCACACCUGAGUUGCGCCCCGUUACUGGUGGGACAUACUUCCCACCUGAAGAUAAAUGGGGGCGUCCCGGUUUUAAAAGCAUCUUGCUUACUUUAGCAAGAAAGUGGCGGGAAAAUCGUGCCCAGUUUAUAGAAGCUAGUGGCAAUAUUCUGGACGCCUUACAAAACAUAUCAAGAAUACAAGAUGCCACAGCAACUUCGGUACCAGGAGAAGCAGCCUGGACAAAGUGCGUACGUCAUUACGUGGCAACAUUUGAACCACAGUUUGGCGGUUUCGGGAAAGCGCCAAAAUUUCCACAGGCUUCUAUAUUCAACUUUCUCUUCCACUUCUAUGCACGGGACAAACAUGAUCCCGAAGGGAAAAAGUGUUUAGACAUGUGCCUGCAUACUCUAACCAAAAUUGCGAAAGGUGGUAUUCACGAUCACGUGUCCAGUGGAUUCGCUCGUUAUUCAGUUGACAACGAUUGGCACGUACCGCAUUUCGAGAAAAUGCUUUACGACCAAGCUCAGUUGAUAGUUGCGUACACCGAUGCCUAUCUUGCAACGAAAGACGUAUUUUUCGCUGAUGUCGUAAGGGACAUAGUUAAAUACAUAAACAGAGACCUGAGACACGAAUUGGGGGGCUAUUAUAGUGCUGAGGAUGCAGAUUCUUAUCCAUUUCACGGUGCUGCUCACAAAAAAGAAGGGGCAUUCUGCAUUUGGGAGUAUAAUGAACUAAAAUCGCUUUUGGGGGAUAAAAAGCUUGGGUCGCUUUCCUCCUUCGAAAUAUUUUGCGAUUAUUUCAACGUCGCAGUUAGUGGCAAUAUCGCACCUGAAAGUGAUCCUCACGGCGAACUGACUGAUCAGAACGUUCUUAUUAUCUAUGGGAGUAAAGAAGAAACCAUGUCCAAGUUUGGUAUUACCCUUGAGCAAUUCAACCAAGUUAUUGAUGAAUGUAUUGAUGUUUUAUACGAGGCGCGAUCGAAAAGGCCUCGUCCACAUUUGGAUAGCAAAAUGCUAUGUUCUUGGAAUGGUCUUGCAAUAGCUGGUUUAGCACAAGCUGGUCAGGGUUUAGGCGAAAAGAGUUUUGUAGAAGAUGCUAUCAAAACAGCUAAGUUUGUUAAAGAUUACUUAUUUGAUCCCAAUACGAAAACGCUCCUUCAUUCUUGCUACAGAGAUAAAGACGGAAAUAUUGCUCAAACUAACCAACCAAUUGAAGGAUUUCUAGAUGACUAUGCAUUCUUGAUAAAAGGUUUACUGGACUUAUACGAAGCUUCACUUGAUCUCACCUGGCUGAACUGGGCUCGGGAAUUGCAAAUGAUACAAAAUGAACUCUUCUGGGAUGCAGACAAAGGAGGAUAUUAUACCUGUUCUACUGACGACCGAUCUGUUAUUUUGAGGUUGAAAGAAGAUCAAGAUGGUGCGGAGCCAUCAGGCAACAGUGUAUCAUGCCACAAUUUACAACGAUUAGCGACAUACGCCGACAAGAGCGCGGUGCCCGAAGGUGGGGACCAGGAGAGGGAAAUGGCGAAGAAAAUACUGAUGGUCUUCGCCAAGAGACUGAUGGACAACCCUACUGCGUUACCGGAAAUGAUGUCCGCGCUUAUGUUCUACAAUGAUACUCCUACACAGGUGUUGAUCGCAGGUGGCUGCACGGACCCUCGCACAUUAGAACUAGUGCGAGUCGUCCGCUCGCGUCUAUUACCCGGUCGGGUACUGGCAGUGGCCGACCCAGCGGCAGAUUCACCAGUUGGUAUGUCUGACAUACUACUAAGCCGCAUUCGUGGCACUGGAGACGUUCCCACGGCGUACGUGUGUCGUCGGUACGCGUGCUCACUACCCGUCACCGACGUCAAAGAGCUCGAGUCGCUGCUCGACGAACCCACGCCGUCUGCGCCACAGAAUAAUUAGUAUAAAAAAAGUUACACAGAAUAAUUAGAAUAAGGUAAGUGUAUUUUGUAUCUAUGGGACAUGACGUCAUCGGACAAGAUUCUCGUUUUGAUCCAUAGCGUUUCACUCGAACUCACGUUUCAUGGUCAUCAUAGUGAAAAACGGAAUUACCCAAAUUAUUCAAUUAGAACAAUUUUUGAAGUCAUCACUUUGAAAAUAAAUUGUUAAAAAGCCUUGAUAUUAUAUUAUUUUUUAUCGGGGAAAUGAAAAUAGCAUAAUGUUCUAUGAAAUAGAAAAUGCCUAAUUUUGUCCGAAGACGUCAUGUGCUACGGAAAAAAAUAUGAAACUACUAAAAGUAACUCCGGCUAUAGUUCUGUUUAUUUGAAAUGUUAUAUUAGUGUCUUAAACCGCUCAACAACAUAAUGAUAUUAACGUGUCAAUAUAACUUUUUAAAUAUUAGCUCGUAAACGAAAAAAAAUUAUUACUAUUAUUUGUACACACUUAUUUUGUUAAUUAAUGCCAUACUAAUACUCUAUAUUAGCUAUUCUGUUUAUAUAUAAUAACGUGUUCUGAAAUGUAAAAGAAAAUGUCAUAACUAAAAGAGGACAGGAGUUAGUGGUAUGAUCCAAAUGAAGUAUAUUUUAUGUUUUACUAAGAGUGUUUACUUAUAACCACUUCUGAAAUAUAAAAGUAAAUGUUAGCACUUAAAAGUGGAAUAGAGUUAGUGGUUCUAUCUAAAUGUGACAUAUAUAUAUAUAUAUAUAUAUAUAUAUAUAUAUCAAAGUAAAUGUUAAAAGUGGAAUAGAGUCAGUUUUCUAGCGUAAGAAUCUCAUGUCUUAUUUUUAUGUAUACACUUCAUUUGCUUAUUAAUUUCGUAAUAAUGCUAUAACUCUAUUAUAAAUCAAACAGAUUGAGUGUUAUUAACAGUUUUGAAAUACCGAAUAUAAUGUUAUCACUGAAAAUGGUAGUUAUUUGUCCUAUCUAAAUGUGACCUAUUAUAUGUAUACACUUCUUAUGAAAUAUCAAAGUAAAUGUUAAAAUUGGAAUAGAGUCAGUUGUCUAGUCUAAGAAUUUGAUGUUGACUUUUCUAUGUACACACUUUUGCUCAUUAAUUUCGUAGUAAUGCUAUAUCUCUAUUAUAAAUCUAACAGCUUGAGUGUUAUAAACAGUUUCUGAAAUAUUGAAUAAAAUUUUAUCACUAAAAGUGGAAUAGAGAUAGUUGUCUGAUGUAAAUGUGAUAGUCGUUACGCGUAACUCGAAUAGGAACUAUACUCAAAAUUAUCUGAGCCGAUAUAAAAGGCCAAAUGUUUGGAAGCAAAAUUAUUUAAUUAAAAUAUACAUUUAUUUACACAUUAUUUUGUUCUAUGGUACAUUGUAUUGUUGUACAUUAGGUAAUUAAUAAGUAUUUAGUUAAGUAGUUUUCGUUGCUGGAAUGGAUAUUUAUUCUAGUUGUGAUCAAUAAAUUAUUAUUAAAAAAGA